UCUAAAAAAUCUUUACUUUGCAUUUAUUUACAGCAGCUGCUAUCUCAGUGUUUCUUACAGAUCUGGGGAGGUGUUCUCGGUUCCAUUCUAACGCUGUACGCUAUGGUACAAUGGCGGGGAGUGGUCCGUAGAGGCGGGCUGUACAUUGCUGUAGUACCAUUAGUUGCUGGGGCCAUAGCUGAUACCUUGUAUUUUGCCGCGUGGUUCUCCACUCUCCACGCUUUGGCGGCGGAAGCUGGGACACUCGGAUUGACACUACCUUUGUCUCUCAGAGAAGAACGGAUCAUCAAAGCUUUCAUUUAUUCAGCGGUUUCAUUAAAGGUGCUGAAAAUUGCUUGGAUCAACUUCAAUCAAUGUCGGUGCGAUAUAUUCUUUUUGGACUGGUCUGAAUAUAAUGCUCCAUUUAAAGGGUCUUAUGAGAGGUCCAACAAGUGGCGAGCCACCUCGCUGGCGCGGGAGUGGAGCUCCAUGCAGACCAUGCGAAGAGUGCCGCUGGGGUUCACCGCCACUCUAGCCCUGCUUAUUUUACAUGUAAGUAUGAAGGGGGUCGAAAAUGGUCUGAAUUGCUUCGAGAAAAGGAUACAUUUCACAGCUCGGGGCUUAACAAACAUGUAUGUUACAUGCACAAAGACACCCAGAAUCAGGACAAGCAUUUGUGGAUACAAAAUGCUUGACCGAACAAGCCGAGAGCUCAGUUUGGCAUGGUGCAGACAUUUUGAAACAAUAUUUUAUUUUUCCAAUCAGAUUAUGUCGCCUUGGCAAUCCUACCUGCCUCAAAGCCAAGGCUACAAUUGGGCGCUAGCCACGAUCGCCUGGUGGACGGCGUACUGCACGCUGCUGCUAACACGAUGGGUGGUUAACCGAGUUCGAGGUCCACCUACAGAUGACUUGCCGAAGAUUUGUGCUAAUGUUGGCUUUUCUUUAUUAGUGUUUGAGGAAGAUUGCUAUGCACAUUACGUGCAUGGAAGGAAUGAUGAUUCCAAGGAUUUAAGAUCAAUGGCUGGUCCUCUAGCGACGUGCCGGGUGGUGUGUGCUCCGCAACUAAGGGUCGUGUACAAACAAUUAUCUCUCUCCAUACCAGGUAACAAACGUUUUAAAAUACAUAACCACACAUUACUACAUUUUAAGAAAGUAAAUUGGUUUAGGGUGAAACCGAUACUCGUCAAGCCUUUAUUAUCUCGGUUCUUGGCAGCGUUCUUCGAAAGGGCUCUAGACGGUCUUAGCUGGGUUGCCAGUGAGCGUACCGUUCUGGAACGCCUUCUGAACGUGGAACUGACGACACGGGAAGCUGGCAACACCAGCACAUUGCUAUAUGACCCCGAUGAUAACACCUCUUCCUGUUUCGCUGUUACUUGGUGGGGAGAAGAAUGGAGUUUGUCAACGUUUGAUGCUAUGCUGUUCAGUUGUGUCUUGGUAGCGACAGAUGACGCCCUUUUGGCUGCAUUAGUCACUCUUAUUGUGUGGCAGGUGAGAACGUUUUUAUCUCAUUGAAUAAACCCUAUCUGUCAAUAUAGAAGCUUAGUGAGUAGACCCCCAAAUGCCGUUUGGUACUUUUUAUUGGAUCUAAUCUGUCAGUCAGCGUUCCUGUUGUAACUGAAUUCGUUUUUUUCUUGGUGGCUAGUAUUUUGCCUUAGUUUUUGCUUUUUCAAGCUUGAAGUAGAUUUCGGCACUCGACUUCAUAGCUGGGGAAAGUCCAUGAAAUCUUCUGUGGGAAAUGGAAAGGCUUCGUUCUGGCCAUUGAAAUUCGAUCCAAGAUACUGAAAUCCAAUUCACAAAUUGAAUUAACAAGUCCACCUGGGUAUGUCUGAUUAAUUUCUAAUUAAUAUCUCCAAAUACACCUACGAGUAAAU